ACAAUAAAAAAGCGUCGGUGGCGCAUAGAUAAAACCACAAAUAUUAGAUUUUGGGUUUUCAUUUUGGUAAAAUUUUCAGGUAUUCUAAUAUCAAUUCGUCUGUCGUUGGGGCUGAGUGGAUCCAACUGGUUGAGGUCGUCGUCGGUGCAGCAGAACUGGUGGGAGGCCCACAUCUCCCUCUCCAUGUUGACCCUCAUGUUUUCGAUCCUCUUCACGCUAUUCCCCAGGCAGAUGCCAGAUUAUAAAGAAGUGGAUAUCCCGGAACGGACUUGUAUGUUGGAGCCCCUGGGGCGAGUACUCCGUAACAAACCUUUGAUGCUGCAGUGUCUGUCGCUGUCGCUGCUGUCAACUGCUAUAUUCGGUUUCAUUAAUUACGAUACAGCAUUUUUGCAGACAAAAUUCCACGUCGAAACUAUACGCCAAGACUUGCGGACAUCUCGGGUUAUCACCGAUAUAUUUAGGUCACUGGUUAUAAUCUUCUUCGUGUCGGUAUUCCGCAUGCGUUUCUCGGUUCGUCGCAGCAACGGUGUGAAGGCGACCACGGCCGGAAAGGUGGGCGGAGUUACAGCUGUGUUCGUGGCCAUCUUCUUCUCAGUGCUGGCUGGACUGAGCUGCAGCACUGGCAACAUGGCCGGCUUGGAUCACGAGUAUCAGCAACCUGCGUGCAGCUUGGAAUGUGGUUGCAAAUCAGAGUCUUACGGCUUCAGCCCUGUGUGCGGCUUGGACACGCAGCUGACCUACUUCUCGCCGUGUCAUGCCGGAUGUCAGGAUUACGAAGAUCUAAAUGAUUUUUUGUUACUACAGAACUGCACGUGCGGCGACACUCGGGCAGUACGUGGAGACUGCAACUUGCCCUCGUGCGCUCUGCUCUACAACAUCUACUUGGUAUUCUUUUCCGUGAUGCUGGCCGUCGGAGCUUCGUCACUGUUGAUGCAAGGAAUGGCGAUACUCAGAUCUACGCGGCGUAACGACAAGCCACUUGCGGUAGGAGUGUCGCUAUCUAUUGUCGGCCUCGUCUCUCACGUCUUGGGACAUUUGCUCUACAUGCUGAUCAGUGAUCUCACGUGCGCGUACAAACGGGAUGGUGUGUGCAUAUUCCAUCGAAACACGGUCUGGAUAGCACCUGUAACUAGCGUUGCGCUUUGUCUCUCCUCCGCAGUGCUCAGCAUAGCAGCUAGUCGAGGGCAUGUGGAGACUGUUAUUAGCUGAUGUAUAUAGAAUUUUAAUUUAGGAUAAGUGUCUUGCGUAUAGCAAACAAAUAAAAGCAUG